AUGAAGGUCAAGAGAUUCUUAACGAACCGUCAUGACCUCCGUGUUUCAACAAUCACUCGAGAUCGCGAGCUCUUCGAAGCGUUACGCCGUGAGUACCACUCAAAGUUUCGGUGGGCCUACCGCCAAUUCAGCUUCCAGACCGUACAACGAAUGAGCUUUGUCAAGUUUACUCUACACGCUCGCGAAGAAGUCGAUGGCCUCGUCUCUGAUAUGCCACCGGAGAUUGUCAAGCACUACACAUGUGAUCCUCGCAAACCAGACCGUACGCCGGCAUUGGGUAGUGACUUUCUCAUGCAUCGCUUCAGUUCGCCUAAGGAUUGCUUCCAAGACGAUAUUUGUCUUAGGCAGUUCCCAAAACGUAUCGGGGAGCGCCCAACCCCGGGCGUAGAUCCCGACCUCUACACGGGAUGGGGCGUGCAUCUCGAACAAGACAUGGAUCUACAGCGCAUCUGUCUCGUUCUAUUUUCCGGCAUUGCAUCUGCAGGCACGUUUGGGCUCGUAUGGGGUAUAUGCAAGAAAAGCCUGCAAGACGGUUUCUCCAUAGCGAGUUUCGUGCUCGGAAGCGAAGCCAUCGCCGUCGCUACACUCCAAUUAUUUCUUUCUUUGGGCGCCAUGUGA